UGUCCCUCUGCGCUUGGGUGCCGUGUAUGGUGUGGUGGGGGGGGGGUGAGGAUUUAUAUUUUUAAAUAAACAGGAAGCGCCUGGGAGGAAAGAGAUGGAGAAAAGUGAUUGAAGAUAAAUAAUCACAGGUGCAGCCGUAACAGAAUUGGGAAAUGUGUCACCUAUGGACCUGAAGUCGCCUUGCUUCUCCCCUGUUUCCUGCAUCAUCCUGCCUCUGCAGUUUUACUUAAGGUUUAACUAGACUUCCUACGAUGGGCGACAUGACCACGCCUGACUUUGAUGACCUUUUGGCAGCCUUUGACAUCCCUGAUCUGGAUCCAAAGGACACCAUGGAUUCGGGCCAGGAGGAUGUCUCACUGAAGCAGGCACCCGUGGCUGCCAGUAAGGCUGCACCCAUUGAACUCGCAGCAGCCCCACCGGAGGAGCCAGCGGUUAGUGUGAUUGUCAAGAAUAGCCUCAGCCCAAAGUCGUGCGAUGCUGUUCCCCUUCCAGUCCCCGCCGACAGCGAAGCCACCUGUCACUUUGAUGCUGCUCCCAUGCACAAUGGCUUUGAGUUGGCCUCGGUUCCCAGCUCGCCAAAGCUGCCGUCGCCGGCCUCCGACUGUGACAGCUGGGUGGGCAGGCCAGGGAGAGCUGGGGCGGCCGACAGGGAGGAGGAAGCUGAAGGACCUCCAGUACUGAGUCCGGCUGCCACGAAGACUGAGGAGCAUUCAGACGAAGAGAGGGACUUGCGCUUCUCCCCGUGUUCAACCCUCUUCCCCAUACCGCCGGACCCCGAGGCCGCAAAUCCCAGCGAGGACGUGGCUUCGGGAUACCCCCAGGAGUUUGGAGCAGGUGUCAAGAAACAGAGGCAGGAAGGAUCCUCGGAGGAGGAGGAGGAGGAGGAGGAGGAGAAGCCAUCGGACAUGGAGUCAGAGGAGGUCGGCAGUGAGCCGGAAGGGAGCCCACCAGAGGAUCCCAGGGAGGCGAGAAAUGGCCCUCCCUCACCUCCUGCCCCUGUCUCCCCUGACCUGCCGUGGCCGGCCACUAUGGAGGGUGCCUCACCUAGGUCCCCAGAUGAGACAGCUAUGGAUCUGGGAGACCGCAAGUCCCACUCGCCUCCCAUCCCAAGCGGGCCCAUCAAGGAGGAGCCCGAGAGCCCACACAGUGGCUUAAGCGAAGGGUCACCUUCAACCGGGACAUCCCGCCCGCUGAAGGUGCGGAUCAAGACCAUCAAGACUUCCACAGGGGGGAUCACCCGGACGGUGACCAGAGUCUCGUCCGACGCUGAGCGGCAUUACAGCGGGGAGUGCGGAGAGGAAGAGGAGGAGGAGGGGGACGGGGCUGGGCAGCCCCCAGCCGAGGAAGAGGAAACCCCCCUUCCCUCCCAACAUGAAGGGACGGAGGCCGUCAGCAGAGCCGCCCUGGCAGAAGGUCCAGUCCUUCCCACUUCCACCUUCCAGGAUGCCAGCUCUGCCAUGCUGAUGGCGGCCAGCAUCGCCCAGAGGGCCACUCAGCUCCCAGCCAAGGGGGUGGCCAAGAGCGUCCACCUGGCCAGCCUCAACCUGGUGCCCCAGUCCCUCCCGGCACCGGUGGUGCCUGCUGGGACGCCCUCCAAACCCCUGGCCCUGGGGUCCAGCUACCUCACCAGCACCACUCCCCAACUGUGCAAAGCAGGACCAGGUGCCAACGGCUCGGCUGUCCGCAGCCAGACCCCUUUAGUAGAGGCUUUCCACCGUCUCCUCAACGGGAAGAACCCACUGCCCACUUACAAGCCUGACCUGAGCCCGCCGGCCAACAGCUGCCUGGCCCUGCCGCCAAGUGGCUACCGAUGCCUGGAGUGCGGUGACGCCUUUGCCCUGGAGAAGAGCCUGGCCCGGCACUACGGACGCCGCAGCCUGCGCAUUGAUGUCACCUGCAACCACUGCGCUCGCCGCAUCGUCUUCUACAACCGCUGCAGCCUGCUGCUGCACGCCCGCGAGCACAAGGACCGGGGGCUGGUCAUGCAGUGCUCCAACCUAGUGAUGAAACCCAUUGCCCUGGACCAGUUGGUGGGGCAGCCUGACCCGACCUCCCCCACCCACAUGGCAGCCGUCUCCUCCCAACCUGCCACCGGCGCCGGCAGCAGGGGCGCUGGGACUGAGCAAGCCUCGCCAGUGGUGCCCCCCAUCCCUGACCCGGCCCUCGUGGACUGCGACACCUCCUCCUGCGGCGAGUGUGGCCAGCUUUUCCCCGACCGGCUGGGCCUGGCUGCCCACUUCCAGCUGGAGACCCCCAGUUCGGCUGCGCAGGUCUGUCAGGUCUGCCAGAUGUUACUCCCCAGCAAGUGCAGCUACCUUGCUCAUUACCGGCUCCACAAAAACAAGUCGCCAUACGUCUGCCCGGAGUGUGGCGGGGUCUGCCGAGCAGCACACAUCCAAGCUCACGUGAAAGAAGUCUGCUUCCAUUUCACCCGCAAGGUCGGAUACAAGUGCCCCCAGUGUGGAGUGGUGUAUGGAGGAAUCAACACGAUCAAGUCCCACAUCCAAGACGUGCAUUGCGAGGCUUUCCACAAGUGCCCGAUAUGCCCAAUGGCUUUCAAAUCUGCGCCGAGUGCCCACUCGCACAUCUACACCCAGCACCCAGGUGUCAGCAGUCAGCAGGCCAAGGUGAUUCACAAGUGUGCCAUGUGUGACACCGUCUUCACCCACCAGCCGUUGUUGAGCGCCCACUUUGACCAGCACCUGACGAAGCAGCGUGUCGCUGUCUUUAAAUGCCCGCAGUGCCCAGUGCUUUAUGCCCAGAAACGGACGAUGAUGGAGCACGUUAAGAGCACCCACUCCAGCCUGAAAAGCGAGGAGCCGGUGCAGAGCCAGCCGGCCACACCGGUCAAACCUGUGCCAAAGUCAAGCCCAGACUCGGUGGACUCGUUGACCGACGAGUCGUCCGCCAGCCCCAAGGACGUCCUGAGCUUGCAGCGGCGGAAGGAGAUGAGGCUGAAGCUGAAGAAUGCCGGCUGGACGUGCAGCCAGUGCCAGAUGUGGUUCCCGGAGCGCGAGGAGUAUGUGACCCACAUGAAGAGGGAUCAUGGCAAAGCAAUGAAGAAGUUCCCGUGCCGUCUCUGCGAACGGUCGUUCUGUUCGGCACCCAGUUUGCGAAGGCACGUCCGAGUGAACCACGAGGGGAUCAAGCGUGUUUACAACUGCAGACACUGCGUCAAGGGCAAGCGGACUUUUAGCAGCCGUCUGACGCUAGAGAAGCAUCUGCAAGUCAUCCAUGGUAUUAACUUGGCCGACCACAUCCAGGACCAGGAGAACCUCUUCGAGAGAGUCAGCAUUAAGACCACCAUCCGCAAGAGAGCUGCCUCGCGGGACGGCCUGGAGCACUGUGCCUCGGAGGGGGCCAAGAGCCGGAAGGUGAACGGGAGCUCGCCGUACCGCUGCAUGAAGUGCGGCUACACCACCGGCAGUUUCUCCGACUUCCACCAGCACAUCCCCCAGCACCGGACUGCUGCCUCCUCCCACCAGUGCCGCCAGUGCGGCCUCUGCUUCACCGCCCGCCCUUCCCUCGCCCGCCACCUCUUCAUCGUGCACGGGCUGAAGGAGUCCGACGGGCCCAAGGGUGGCGUGCAGGCGGGAGAGUCUGACGACCUGCACCUGGAGGGCAGGGUCAUCUGCGAUGUGUGCGGAAAGCUGUUCGACAGUGAGCCGCUGCUAAAGACCCACUUCCGGACUCAUGGAAUGGCCUUCAUCAAAUCCAAGCAGAACGGCCUGGAUAAGUAACUCCCUCACCCACCUCCCUCCACGUUCUCGCGGGAGUUCCACUGCACUGGUCUCAGAAAGAGGGUGGGUGGGAGGGGGGCAUCUGGCGGAAGUGAGGUGUUUGCGGGCUGAGGCGUGACGCCAUUGACUGUGACAUAAUCUCGGGGCAGAGGGCUGUAGCCCCUGUACCCCCCCCCCCCCCCCCCGGGUUACUGGAGGGAAGGCCUUGGGGUGAAGGAACAUGAAGAAUUAGAGAUUAACCCACCAAGAUUUCCCCUCACCCAUCCCCCUAAAAAAAAAAAAAUCCGAUUGAGUUGACAUCCCUUCCCAUGGCAAGCCAGCUAACCAGCCAAGUCCGUAGAUACUCAAGGAGCGGACGGUGAGGAGCGUUGGCAGGUUGAAUCAGCCAUGACUGAAGACUCGGCUGUGACCCUGAAGGAUGGGGAGGGCGGGCUGGUGCUCUCCCUCAACACCAUUGAGGGAUAUUCCAACAAACGUGCAACCCAAAACCAUCCCGAAUUUUGAUCUGCCUCCUCUCUCCAAUCCUGAAAACAAUUGGUGGGUUCCCUCGGGCACCAUCUUUCCUCCAGGCUGGCAGAGAGAAGUGGGGUGGGGGGAGAUUUGCUGUGCACCCACCAGCUUUUCGAUGUUGCCCACGUCAAGGGCAGAGUCAGCCUCCCCUCACUCACCCACCAUCACCCCAAGGGAACAGAUGUGGCAACUUUUACACUUGAAGAUCAUUCCGGGUUUUGAACUGCAUCCCGGAGGGAGGUGCUUUCGGAAAGAUACCCAGUGAGGGCACUCAGCUCGGGCUACCCUGGCCUGCUUCAUGUUCCCCGCACCUGCUGUCCCUUCCCCAGGACCAGGAUGUUCACGAUCCCACUCCUGUCCCUUCUCAAAUCCCUGCUUCGGGGGCUUGGGUGUUUCCAGCCUGUUGAGGUGUGUGGUUUUCCGAGGAAUGGGGCGGAUAGGUUUGGAGAGUGGCCAGCGGCACUUUCCUCCCUCCCACUCACCUGGUGAGUCUAGUCAAGUCUGAAGGCGCGAGGGGUGCCAGUGAUCGGCCAGACACCCGAUUUCUCUAAGGCAGGAAGUUUCCGACAGUUCUCCUUCCUCCCUCCAGCAAAUCGCUUGUUGGCUAGCGUGUGGCCCUGCAGCACCCCAUGGCACCCGCUCAGUCGGGGGCUGAGGGAUGGAACACCAAGCUGCGAAGUGGGGGUAGUUCCUGAACUCCGUGUCCUCGUCCCUACAAAGAAACACCCGUAUACCCCCCCCCCCCAGCCCCGGACACC